GUGUUGGUGACGAGGAAGGUGACAGUUGCUGAUCCUGUACAUCAUUUACACAGGCAUGAGAACUGUGUUAAUGGCGAUGGUGGUGGCGGCAGUCAACCUCCAACACUGGACGAUGGCAAGACACUCAGAGUGUAAAGUGAACCUCACGGAGCCACUGAACCUGAACCUCUCCUCCUCCAAGGUGGAGUCAGAGGAGAUCUUGUGGGGCGAGAUCAGCGUCUUCCCUGGACCUGACAAUCAGUCUUGGGUCCUCAACUUCACCUUCAGGAGAGCAGACGAGUUGCUCGCUUCCGUCUUCGUCUCCCACAUGAGGAGAAAUGGCAGUCUUAGUCAAUUGGACGUCAUCAGGAUUGUGUGUGAGGGCAAUGAACCUGUAGAUAUGGAUGACCCCUGGCCCGACCCGUGGCUGCAGGCAACACCUCGACUCAUCAAGGUGAUGAUCACAGAAACCGAGGUGGUGAUCAAACAAAAGGAACGUAAUGUGUUUACGCAUAUAUGCACCGGUAAGCUCACCAGCCUGCACAACAUGAGCCUGACUGUUGAGAGUGACCCUUGUUGUCCUGCCCCCACACUGACUGUGUCCUGCGAUACUGAUAAUGGUGCUGUUCUUCCCGCCAGCAGUCACCCCUUCCUCCUGUGGCUGAUAGUUGUGUUUGGGGUGGUGGGCGGUGUGUUGCUGGGCUUGAUGAUGGGCGGUGUGUUGCUGGCCAGCCUGGAUUCUUACUACAUUAUGGGGGACCUGAAGGAACAUCAGAUACUCUAAGUCACCAGAGACAUUAUCAGUCAGUCACAAGACGAGGAGUGAACCCUCAGUUACCAGCCACUCAACCUUCACACAAUCACAGCCCAAGGUUAACAUUACCAUGGUUACGAUGACGUCAUUGUACAGCAAUGUAAUUAUUUUAUUUACAGAAAAGAACUGCUGACGUCAGAGUUUAUUACUGUUGACGUCAGAGUUUAUUACUGUUGACGUCAGUUUAUUAUUAUUGACGUCAGAGUUUAUUACUGUUGACGUCAGAGUUUAUUACUGUUGACGUCAGAGUUUAUUACUGUUGACGUCAGAGUUUACUACUGUUGACGUCAGAGUUUAUUACUGUUGACGUCAGAGUUUACUACUGUUGACGUCAGAGUUUACAACUGUUGACGUCAGAGUUUAUUACUGUUAACG